CGCUCGCCGGCAAACACCGCCGCGAACCAGAUGACAACGACGCCGACGGCGACCAGCAGCAGGGGUUGCAUGAUGCUGGUGUUGCUACUGGUGCUGCUUGGCCGGCCGUCUCCGGCGACGGCGCAGCUGGGGGACGCCCAGAAAUGCCGGGACACGUGCCUGGAGGGGUGCACCGGGUGGGUGGUGGUGUGCCACAUGUCCUGCGCCAGCGCCUGCGCCGGGGCCGGCGGCAUCGGCAUCAUGAGCAUCGACAACGGCAUCCCGCCCGACCACCCCAACCCCGACGAUCUCCCCAAGCCGCCGCCGCUGCCGGACCUUCUUCACCCCCUCCGAGGAGCCGGCGGCAUCGCCUUCAGCCCCGCGCCGUCACCGGCAGCAUCUUCAUCAGAAUCGUCGACAUCGGAUGAUGCAACUUCUUCAGAGUAAUUGCUAGGCAAGUAAGCAGUGUCCAUAAAUUGGAUGCAACAAGCAUAUGACAGACGAAUGUGGUAGGCCUUCUCUCUGCGGGUAUGUCUCAUGGAUGGAUGGAUGGAUGAAUGAAUGAAAAUUCAUCAUAUUUGCAGCCAUUGCUUACUUUUACAGCUGCAUUCUCUUUCAACAAUUCUCUCUCCCACUAAAUUUAAAAACAAAAUUAAU